AUGGCAACGGUCGUGCCACGGGCCAAGAAGCAAAGGACAAUACCUGACGAGCUCAUCGGCCUCAACCCGCUUCCCCUUCAAGGCAUCGAUCCCAACGAUCCAAGCAUGCUCGCACAUCAGCAUCCAAUACCACCACCACAACAGCAAUAUCCUUACUCCAACAACCCUGCAGCAUCCUCAUCCAACAUGGCAGCAGCCAGCGGCAGUAGACCCGCAAAGCCCGCUCCUGGCUUCCAAAGAGUCAACGAGAUGAUCGCGGGCAAGGUACACGAGGUGUUUGUGAUUGACGACGACACACCCCCACCAACCAACCCGCUCAGCGUGCAGGCGGCACGCGAUCCGCAUCUCGUCAACAACUACGCACACGCCAAUGGUCACGCAGCAGCUGCGCCUUACACAUCCACAUUACAGGGCUACGCGGAUCCACGUUACGACGCUGUGGCUCAAGCGCCCAAAGGGAAACGCAAAGCGCAAGACAACGGAUCGAAUGCCCGUGUUGCAGGCGCGCAUCUGCACAUGCUGCCCCACGAUGCCGACCUGAUCGCUCCCGCACCCCAUCCUGGUCUGCAAGGCGUGCCACCAGAGGCGCAGCUUCCAAAGAGACGCAAGCGAAGCCAUCCCGUCAAACCGGAAGAUGCAAUCGCAGCGGGCGGGACCUUUGAUCCAAACGACGCUGCCGUGGCCGCUCACUUCGCAGCGUCGGGCGCACCGGGGUUGGUACCAGCCAAACGACAGGCCCCGGAGAUGGUUCAGGCGAGAGUCGCACCCAACUAUCGAGGAGGCUAUCCAGCCGGAGCAGGCGCGCUCGACUACGCAGCACGCUACGAUGCCGCAGCUGCCAAUGCUGCCAACGCCGCCUUCGCACAGGCGCAUUCGGGAUACGAGGGCACUGCCAGCGCGCGAGAUUCGUACGCCAGUUCCGCAUCCUACGUUGCCGCAGCCGCUGCCAACACGGGCCCCGUAGACGACGACCAGGGUCACUUUAUCGUCAAAGAGGGCGACUACGUCACGAGCCGAUACAAGAUCCUGCGGCUGCUCGGUCAGGGGACCUUCGGUAAAGUGGUCGAGUGCUACGACAAGAAGCUACGCAAGUACGUCGCCAUCAAGAUCAUCCGUGCGGUGCAAAAGUAUCGCGAUGCGAGUCAGAUCGAGAUCCGCGUGCUGCGCACCCUCCGCGAGAACGACCCGACCAACGACAACAAGUGCAUCCAUCUGCUCGAGACGUUCAACUUCAAGAACCACGUGUGCAUCGUCUCGGAGCUGCUCGGCAAGAGCGUCUUCGAUUUUCUCAAGGAGAACAAGUUCCAGCCAUUCCCGCCGUUGCACAUCUGGCAGUUUGCGAAGCAGCUCAUGCAGAGCGUUGCUUUCCUGCACCGAUUGAAUCUGGUACAUACGGAUUUGAAACCCGAGAACAUCCUGCUGGUGGCCAGCGACCAUUCUAUCGUGGCCACCUCGAGGCGACAGAAUGCCAAACGCAAGCAUGUGCUGCACAACACCGAGAUCAGGUUGAUCGACUUUGGGUCGGCGACCUUCAACGACGAGUUCCACUCUUCCGUGGUUUCGACGCGCCACUACCGUGCGCCGGAGAUUAUCCUGUCGAUGGGCUGGUCUUUCCCAUGCGACGUGUGGUCGAUCGGAUGCAUCCUCGUCGAGUUCUUCACCGGCGAUGCGCUUUUCCAGACGCACGACAACCUCGAGCAUCUCGCCAUGAUGGAAGCUGUCCUCGGAAAGAUGCCCGAUGACUAUCGGCGCAAAGCGGAGACCUACAAGCCCGAAUUCUUCAAGCACGGUGCGCUCAAGUACCCCGUUCCCGAGACGAGCAAGGACAGCCGCAAAUACGUUCGGCAGAUGAAGAAGCUGCAGGAUCUCAUCAACACGCCCGCGACGCAGACGCAGUAUGCCAAGCACAACUCGCGCUUCUUGGAUCUGCUGCGGAAGCUGUUGGAGUUUGAUUCGUCCCGAAGGAUCAAGAUUGCCGAUGCGUUGAAGCAUCCCUACUUUGCGCUGGAUGAGAAGGAUUUCCCGCCCAUGUAA